UACAAGGGCUUGGACAUCAUCACGAACAAGGUUUCUCCCCAAGAGCAGCGGCUGUGCAGGCACCACAUGAUCAGCUUUGUGGAUCCCCUCGUCUCUAACUACACGGUGGUGGAUUUCAGGGACAAAGCCGUGCCUCUGAUCGAAGAUAUCUUUGCCCGAAACAAAAUCCCGAUUGUUGUGGGAGGAACCAACUACUACAUCGAGUCCCUGCUCUGGAAGGUCCUUAUCGACACCAAGGAGAAAGCCAGCCUGGCCCCUGGGCUGGUCACCGACAGGAAGGUGGAGCUGGAGCAACUGGAUGGCAUCGAGCUCCAUCGCCGCCUGAGCCAGGUGGACCCCGAGAUGGCGGCCAAGCUGCACCCCCACGACAAGCGUAAAUUGGCCAGGAGCCUCCAAGUGUUUGAAGAAACGGGGAUCCCCCAUAGUGAAAUCUUGCACCAGCAGCAGGAUGAGGAAGGUGGGGGACCCUUAGGAGGGCCCCUGAAAUACCCACAUUCCUGCAUCUUGUGGCUCCAUGCAGACCAGGCAGGUGAGAGCGGGCUCUGCACAGCUCCUGGCUGGCUGAGCACUGGGUUGCUGGAGGAGCUGCGGGACUUCCACCAACGUUACAACCAAGAGAAGGUGGCUGAGAACCGGCAGGAUUACCAACACGGCAUCUUCCAGUCCAUUGGCUUCAAGGAGUUCCACGAGUACCUCGUCAGCGAGGGGAACUGCUCGCCCGAGACCAGCGCUGUGCUGCUGCAGAAAGGGAUCCAGGCUCUGAAACAGGUGACCAAGAGAUAUGCCCGGAGGCAGAACAAAUGGGUCAGAAACCGCUUCCUGAGACGUCCCGGACCCAACGUGCCCCCGGUGUAUGGCCUGGAGGUGACGGAUCUCUUGCGGUGGGAGGAGGAUGUGCUGAAACCUGCUCUGGAGAUUGUGGAGAGCUUCAUCCAGGGACGUGAGCCUCCAGCAGAGCCUGUGAAGAUGGAGUACGACGUAAACGAGAACAAACGGAGUCACCGCGUGUGUGAGCUCUGCGACAGAGUCAUCAUCGGGGACAGGGAGUGGGCAG